GUGCUUCAGAGGUGCGCUGGGGUCCCAGCACUGUGUCCUGCAUUUGGCCAACGACUUUACCAACAGAAAAAGAAGUUUCUGUAGGCCUGCCUUCUGUAACCAGGAAGUAAUGGAUGAUCAACAAAAGAAAACUUCCAUAAUGUAAAUAUGUGGUUAAAAUGCACAGAAGUAAGGAAGAAACAUAUUAUGAAAUUGUGCUCUCAAAGACUCUGGGUAUUAUACUUUUGACAUUUGGCUUGUGGCUUUUACUUGACAGAAACAAUUUAUUCAGUGUGUUGUUUUCUUCAGGUGAGAACCAAGCAGUGUCAUGUAUUUCUUUUAUGUUACUUGGAGCUGGAUCUCUUAUUACUUUUACGUCAGCAAUGGGAUUCCUUGGAAGUGUUCAGGAAAUCAAAAGUCUCCUAGUUACAUAUAUGUGUUUUCAAGUCCUGGUAUUUGUCAUCCAGAUCACAAUACCAGUGUUGGUAUUUCUGAAGAAAGAAGUGGUCCAUCGUCAAUGGAACAACAGAAUUGAUGAAGUUAUUUCUGAAUAUGGGAAUAAGAGUCUGGCUGAGAAGGAGCUCGAGUGGAACAUUCUGAAUGCUGUGCAGCACAAUAUGGAGUGCUGUGGAAGAUAUGAUGUCACACAGUGGGAAAAGAAUAAAAACAAGGAAAGUAGUACUCAGAUCCCAUGUUCAUGCACCAAGUCUAGUCGGAAGGAAUGGUUUUGUGAUGUCCCUAGGAAUUCAACAUACAGUAUGGGAUGCGAAGAAUAUUUAGAUACAUGGUUUGAAAAUAAUGUUUUGAUCUUAACUGGAAUUAAUAUCAGCCUGCUAAUUACACAGAUAUUUGUGAUCAAGCUAACCAUACAGCUAUUAAGAAACAUCAAAAAGAAUAAUAUUUGGCCAGAUGAAUGAUGAAUUCUUCUGGGCAUUGCUGUGGUGCAAGAAGAUCUGAUUCAUGCCUGUGACAUCAACAAAAUUACUUCCCCUAAAAUGUCCAUUGGGCUGUAUGUAUUGUAAUCAAUAGUAUAUUAACAUUUGGGCUAUAACUUGUUCGUUUAUUGAUCACAGUUAUAGAUAAAACAGUAUGCUACAAAAGUCUGUGGCAGCAUGCCAUGUACUAGGUGGUGGUUAAAACUUCCUGAAAAAUUGAAUAUUAGUUUUCUGAGUCUCCAGAAUAUCAAUGAGAGUGUUAUAAAUAGUACUGUAUAGUAUACUGCACCUUGAAACAGAAGGAUUCAGUUAAGAAACAUACUCAGUAAGUCUUGCUGAUAUUCCUUCAGGCCUUUACUUUUUCUUCUAAUCUGUCUUUAUUUUGUUGUGGGCUCUUGUGCAAUUUAAUUUCUGUUAAUUUCACCAAAUCAUAUAUAUUUGACCCUUAAUAGUUCUUUUC